AGACCAAGAAAAGACCGGGAGCGAAGCGAACCCCCAUGCUCAACCGAAGAAUAAAACAAGAAGAAGUACAGAUUUAGAUAAUCACGUGCGGCUAUUGGCAAGCAAUCGCUGUGAUACCUUCGCCCACCUGAAAGUCCAUUUAUUAGUUGGAGAAAACAUUAGGACACAUGGAGAGAGAGAGCCCAGAAGAAGAUGGGAUGCCAACAAGCUCUCUGCUCGUGGGCGACUCCGGCAGCUCCAAGUCUUCGGGCGAUCCCCCGGUCACGCCUCUCGUCGUUUUCAGCACUCUCGUUGCCGUUUGCGGGUCUUUCGCCACCGGGUGCGCCUCUGGUUAUUCAUCACCCGCUGAGUCUGGAAUAAUGGAGGAUUUGGGGCUCUCUACGGCAGCGUAUUCGCUUUUUGGUUCAACAUUAACAAUAGGAGGGUUAAUAGGAGCUUUGGUUAAUGGGUGGAUGACAGAUAUGAUGGGUCGCAGACGGGUAAGUCAUUCUCUAGCAUUUCCAGCCGUUCUUGAAUUUGAAAAUCAUAUAUCUUCAGUGAAGAACCUGGAAAAAUCUUACAGAAUUCUUGACUGGUGUGUUGUGACGCAGACAAUGGGGAUUGCACAAAUAAUUUUCAUUGCAGGAUGGCUUUUUAUAGCAUUUGCCGAGAAUGCUUGGUGGCUCAAUAUAGGAAGACUGUUAAAUGGAGUUGGCUAUGGGAUUAUAUGUUACGUGGUACCUGUGUACAUUGCCGAAAUAACACCCAAAAGUAUCCGGGGAGCAUUCACAGCAUUAAAUCAGUUUUUGUUAUGCUGUGGCAUUUCGUUGAUAUUCUUUCUAGGAACUGUUGUUUCCUGGCGUGUCUUGGCUUUGAUAGGUGGUAGCCCCUGCGUGCUACAAAUGUUUGGUUUAUUCCUUAUCCCGGAGUCUCCUAGAUGGCUGGUAAAAGUCGGUCAAGAAAAGGAGUUUGAAGUCACAUUGCAAAGACUCCGAGGCAAAAGUGUCGACAUUUCCCAGGAAGCGGCAGAUAUCAGAGACUAUACAGAAACCUUUGAGUGGCAAUCCCGGUCUAGAAUUCUUUAUUUGUUUCAACGAAGAUACGCUCAUUCCCUCAUAAUAGGAGUGGGAUUGGUGAUGCUUCAACAAUUUGGAGGCUCGGCUGUAUUUCCCUAUUAUGCAAGCUCUAUAUUUGAAUCAGCCGACUUUUCGAGCAGCAUUGGUACCCGAAGCAUGGCGAUUGUCCAGAUCCCUGCAACCGCUCUUAGUGUAAUCUUGACAGACAAAGCUGGAAGAAGACCGCUUUUACUGGUUUCUUCUGCUGGAAUGGGCUUGAGUUGCUUUUUUCUGGGAUUCUCAUUCUUCAUGCAGGACCUGCAGUAUUGGAAGGAAGUCACUCCCAUUUUGGUAUAUGUAUGCAUUAUGGUGUAUUCUAUAGCUUACUCACUUGGUAUGGCAGGGUUACCGUGGGUUAUAAUGUCCGAGGUAUUCCCAUUGAAUGUUAAAGGGUCGGCUGGAAGCCUGGUGACCUUCACCAAAUGGUCCUGUGCUUGGAUCGUUAGCUACACUUUCAACUUCAUGUUCGAAUGGAGCGCACCCGGAACCUUUUUAAUUUUUGCAUGCAUUUGUGGUUUAACUAUCUUCUUCACUGCGAAGCUAGUGCCGGAGACCAAGGGGCGAGCAUUGGAAGAAUUGCAAGCAUCACUAGCCAAUUUUCUGCAAUGAAUUGUGCUAGUGUUGAAAUCUGAAUUGGUAGGAUGAAGCAACCAAGAUCAUUGUCAGAAACUCUGGCUAAUUGUGUGUCUACUUAUAUUUUUGCUGCCUAAAAGUUAGUAAAUUAUUUUCCAGAGGCAGUAUGUCAUGUUCUUGAUCACUUGGCUGAUACCAAGACAUUAGGUUGACCUGGAUUACUUAAGAAUGUAAUAAUUUGUCCCGACAACCAACUUCAUAACAUAUUCCACUCACCCGGGACAAAGGAGGAGAGGAUGUGUUGGACAGUCUGAUACUCGUUACCAUGUUUUCAUAUGAUAACGUCAACUCGAUAAACAGGCUUAAUAAUUUAAAUUGCAUUUCCCA